AUGGCUCUUUCCAAAAAGGACAAGAGACGUCAACAGAUAUCUUCAAAGCUCCAGAAGAUGGAUGAACAGUUUCUGACAAAUAAAGACUACUAUUACAGAAGAAGUCUUAACCAUUCACAGAAAAGGCUUUCUACCCUACACUCCGAAGAAAAUGAGGAAUUUUUAGGCAAAGUGGUUGAUUUCGAGGAGGACAGAGACCAUGAGUUGGUUAGACUCAGACUUUGGGAGGAGUACCAGGUGGGCUGUGUGACUCGAUCUUUCAAGGAAGACUAUGAGAAAUCGAAGGAGGACUAUGAUAAGGUGAUCAAGAUGAUAAAGGAGAAACUAUAUGAAAGAAUUCAGAAGAAGAUCAAACAAUUAAAGGAAGACAAGGCCUUGAUGGAUAUCGCCAGCAACUCUGUUUCACCUUCCAGAUAUCACUUCAAUGGCACAUCGGCAUACGACUCCGCAGAUGGCCAGAAUUCCUCAUCCUUUUUUAACGCGGAGCGUAGGACGAGGCGGAAGAGAAACGAUGGCAUGGUGGGGGCCAAUUCCGGAGGCGAUGAGAGCAACGACUCUGCUACCGGAGGUGGAGCCACUUCGGCAACGGGAGCCAGAGGUUCUGGUGUAGGUGGUCGCAGUCGCAAAGUGGCAUCUCAUGGUGCUGGUUCUGGGUCUUCUAGAAACAACUCUUCUGGUGACGAGGCCUUCUACUUCACUGACAACCAAUCUUUGAACCAGCUUUUGUAUGGAGCCGAUUAUGAUCCGAAGAGGGAGAAACCUACCACCAGGCACUCCACCAAGAGUUUUGCUGGGGUGCCAGGCUUGAAGGUUGAGGAGGUGAACGAGGACUUGGCUGUGUUGAGGAAUGCCACGGCCAACAUGAGCCAGAACAGGAUUGCGAGGUAA